GAGAGGGAGGGAAGGAGGGGGGAGAGAGACAUUUCUCAGGAAAGGGACGCAGCCUGGAGUGUCCGCAUGGUCUCACCUGCCGCGCGGGUCACCUGUCUGCCGGGAGGUGUUGAACUUUCACCUCCACGGUGACACUGGCUGUGAAGUGUUCCCGAGUCAGUGAAUUCCACCCUACAUGUUUAAGAUGCAUUGUCUCGGCAGUGUGAAUACUUGAGGCUUACUGAACCGGUUAAAAUAGGAUGUCAACAAGUGACGUAGCAGAGUUGGAGCUCAGAGUUGUAGGAGGAGAGACAGCGACGCGUCGGUGCAGGACAGCAACACGGACUGCAGCUGCGAGAGAACCACAGGAUGAAAAGUUCAAGCAGGAGCGUCGACGUGGUGACGAAACGGCAGUUGGACAGCAGCGUCGCCCGUCAGCCGUCAUACAGGAAGAAACACACCGAGCACUGAGAGCAGAAAGACUAAGACAGGAAGAGGCUGCUCAGUGUGGCGAUCCAGAGGUCCAGACCCAGAAGCCUGCUGGACCCAGAUUCACCUCCUGCCUCUUCUUCAGACUCUCCCACAGUCUCAGCUGUGAAAACCCAGAGCAAAGACUCAAGACGGCUUUAGACCGCAGCCUUCUCAGUUUAACUGAAAAACGGAGGACUGAGACUGAGAACAGCAGCUAUCAGGUUAAUGGACGAACGUCACCACCAAACACCUCUGCCAAGGUAGCCAGUGACUCGCCAUUAUCUGAAAGCGUAACAGCCAAGAACAAACAAGAGGUCAUCACAAGUGUUUGCAAUGAACUGGAGAUUACCAGGGACUUGAGUAUAACUCAGACUUCCUCCAAUGUGGAGUCUGGACCACGUGAGCGAAAUGGAUUGUUUAUACUUCCAUGUGGGUUGCAACCAAGGACUGGCACUAGAUCUGCUCAGUUAGAAGAAGAAGAUAUAAAGGACAACACAAAGCUUGAGAAACAAGCUGACCUUGUGGAACUAUCCAAACCUGUUGAAACCAUGCUGUCUUCCACUGUGGUAACAGUUCUUGCCCCACACUGGAGCAACCGACUAAGACGGAGUAAAAGAUUUGACGGACCGAGCAGUUCGGAAGACCAGGGGAAUUUUGAAGCUGUGAAAAACAUUACAGAAAGUCGUACACGUGAACACUUUCAAGAGACGAUGGACAGGUCAUUGACGAAAGGAUUGCAAGCCCAAUUAAGGGUGCCAUCUUUGGGUACUAGGAGCUAUACAGUGGGCUGUUCACCUAAAACUAGUGCUGCAAGCUUGGACUUUGAAUCUAAGAGGAAAAUGCUGCAGACUGUCUCUUUGGAUGUAAACUCUGGAACAGUGGACAGUAGGAAAAGUGAUGCGAGUGCUCUCUCCCUUGGCCCAAAUGAACAAAGGAGGAAUCCACAAACUGGUCAUCAAGAAUGUCUGUCAUCUAAGCCAACCACCAGCAGUCUACUUCUGUCUUUAAGAAGAUUAAACACCAAUGGCAGGAGCACUAAUGCAGCCUCCACCUUCUCUGAGAUAAACCCUUCGCCUCUGAGCAUUUCACCAAGAGAUCAAGAUGGAAAACUAUUGACAGCACACCUUUCUCAGACCUUUCAUAAUAAUAAUGUGCAAGAGCGACCAAAGCCCCUCCUCUCUCCACUGUCCAUUUCUUAUAGGACAACUGAAACCAGGCCUGUCUUUUCGACAUCAUCCCCAUCUUCCUCCAAUCACAGAGAAACGACCAAAUUUGAAACACAGUUAUUUUCAGCUUCACCCACAAACAAAGAUGCAGAAGCUGCACGGUUUACCCAACAGCCUCAGACAACAAACACAACCGAGUCCAGUCUUUCUUGUUCAAAACAGGUAUUUCUAAGCCGAGGACCACCAGAGAGGCAACCAAGUUGCAGGGGUUCAGACAAAAGGACAAACUUAUUCUCAGAAAGCUCUGUCCCCUCACCCAGACAUUCCCCGUAUAACCGUCCACCCCUUCAAAAAACACAUUCUGUCCCUCGAAGGACCACCCUGACAUCCACUUCCUGGUGGAAACAAGUUACCCAGGAAGGCAGCUCCCCUCUGACACUCAAUGAUGAUACAACUCAAAUUAAAGAUGAGCCAAACACACUCAGAGUUUCACCCUGUAUUGAUAAAAGUGACUUGGUCUCCUCUCCAAGACUUGUUGACAACAAAAGAUGUAGUAGUCAAAUAGCCAAUAACAGAGACAAUAAUAACAUGACAGAGUCAGUUCUCAAAGGUAACAUGAACCUUUUUAUGAACACAUUGGGAGGAAGUCACAACCUCAAACAAAGAAAUACUGAAGAUUCCCAUGAUCAUGAGUCAGACAGGAUCGUCAAACAGCAGUAUGACUCCGAUUUAAAAAUUAGAGAGCCACAAAAGCCUCAUGGCAGAGCUGAUGUUAUGUCUUGUUCCAAAAUUAGCAGAGCCACAGUGCAAACAAUACUGAGUCAUCCAAAAGAUCUCAACAAGCACAAUGUAAGUAACAGUUCAUUUACUGCAAAUGCAACUGAAAUAUCACCUAUUUUACCAAAUCCCAGGAGCCCAAAUGCACCCACUGAGAGCCUCAGCAAAUCCAGUAGUAAUAAUUAUCCAUCAAAAACCAACAACUCCUCCACAUCUCCUCAAAACAUCAACUCUCAAAGUUUCACUAAACCAUCUCUUUCUCUUGCUACCACCAACACUCUCAAUAGUCAGGCUCUUACCUCUAAAACUGCCUCUGGUCUCCCCCUGACUCCAAAGACUAAAACUAGUUCCUCCUUUUACCCUCUUCCAGUUGCUUCACAGGCCACUAUUCAUGCCUCAUCAUACUCCUGCUCUCCUUCCCAAGCACCCAAAUUUACAACUAACAGCACACCUCUGGGCUUUGAAAGAAGCUUUGCCUCUGCUCCCAAGCCUUUCCACCCUAAAACUGGAUCUAGCCUGAUUCCCACAGUCAGUGGUCUGUCUAAAACAAACUACGGUCUCGUGUCCACUGCUUCCACCAGCUCUUCCAUUGGCAGCUGUCCUGCAGCCACAACUGUCCCCAGCCCAGCCCUGCUCACUCCUCCUGUCACUCCUAUCCUUGUGUCUUCUCCCACUGCUGUCACCAAUUCUUCUCUCUUAACCCCCCCUGCCACACCUAUCAAUGCCAGCCCCAACUAUUCAGACACUUCUAGCCCUAAGGAAGGGGGGACACUCUUAAGCAGCAAAGAAAGUGAGCCAAAGAAGCUGCGGCCACCUGUAGAAGGAAAGAAAGUGAGACGAGUAACUUGGGAGGACUCUGUAGAUCUGCAGAGUUCUGAGUCCAUUACAGUUGAGAAGCCAGAGUCGUCUCAUGUCCCAGCAAGUUCUCCAUCUCCUUCCAGGUCCCCACAAAACAUUAAAGCUCCAUCUAUCUUUUCCUUUCUAAGAUCAAGCGCUCCAGCCACAAAUCCAUCUCCUCUUUGCUCCCCUACCCCUAAGACCUCCAGCAUACAAGUGGUGAAAGGAGAGAAGUAUCGAUCCUUAUCAUCCGACUCUGCUGAUUUAAGAUCUAGAGAACGAGGGAGAUCUCAGCAAAGACAUAAUAACACUAUGAUACCUGACCAGGGAAGACGGGACUUAACCACACCCAGACAGGAGAGGACAUUUUCAGUUGAGUCUGGCACAGUUCAUUGCCAUACUGCUGCUCCUGACUCCCUCCCACAUGACUUUUCAAGUGGUUAUAUGCAUAGAUAUAGCUCUCCACCGUACUCCACUCUCAUGUCAACCAGGUCGACACAGGGAGAUACCCAGACUGUAACACCCAGAUCACCCCACUUCCAGCAACGCUCACAGUCAGAUCAUACCCCACAUCUUUCCAAACAUACUGACGCAGUUAAAGUCGUAACCCUGUCGACAUCCAGACCCCCUCUAUCGCCUGUCAGCCUACCACAGCCCCUGUCUUUGCCUUUCCAAAACAAAACUGCCACUCGAGGCAGUUCAAAGUAUGAGGUUUCAGAAGGUGGUCGUCACAGCAACGAUCACAGCAAGAGGAACACACAAGACCACCAGAAUGGCCAGAUAUUACUUGUAAACAACAGAGUUCAUAUCAGCUCACAGUCUCUGCAGGGUGAUAAGACACACAGCUCCUCCUCAACGUUUGUAACUGAGACACUGGUUUACAGCAUUAAAUCAAGAGCAGAUGCAGCUCCCGCUACCCCAAAAAUCACCAUACCUAAAACUCUGAAAUAUACCGCAAACACACCAGUUUCUGUGCAGACCAAAUUAAGUAAACAGUCACAGGCUGCGCAGAGUAAAGAAGCCACAGGUGAACCACGUAGCCAUUUAGAUCAGGACUCCAGUAGUAGCAGCUCAUCAGACAGUCACCUGCCUGAUGAUGAAAACUCUAACAGGAGAGUGAAGGAGAGUUUACUGGGCAAAAGCAGAUUUUUCUCAGUGGAGAGCAACAAUGAUCAAAGCCCAAAGAGAAGCCGGUUUGCACUGAAAAAAAGUGUCAGCACACCAAACACCAGUUUAUCAAGGUCAGAGUCAGACAGGGCCAAUAAGAGUAAUAACAAAAUGGACCAGGUCCUUAACAGACUGAGACAAACAUUCAGCACGGUCAAACGGUCUGAUGAUGAUAUCUUGUUCCCAUGGAAAUGGAAGCGAGCCUCUCAAACACCUUCUGUUAGUGGAUCAAGUGACGUCAGCAAUGUCAGUGAUGUUAAUGUUGAAAGUACCAAAACUCUCGAUAAGCAACAGCAGGUGCUGAAGGGCAAUGAAAAGGACACAGAACUGAUGAAUAGAUGGACACAAAACAGAUACACUCUCACAAUACCCUCUGCUUCUGGGAGCGCAGUGGUUGGAGAUAACAGUUUCAUUUGGUCGGACAAAUCAUGUCCAGAAACUGACCAAGAUGAGCAAAAUGCUUGUGCAGAACGUGCGUCUGAAACUAAAAACCAACCUCGUUUAACAAUCCAUGCUCCAACAACGCAGCAUUUUGACUUUUACAAAGACAGUGGGACAGAUUAUAAAUCAACAAACCAGUUCCUGCCUUAUAGAGAUCCCAGUCCUGGUCUGAGCCCUAACCCUUCCACUGCUUACCCUGCUCAGAUUGGGAGGACCACAUCCAGCCCCAGAAGUCCCUUCUCCCCCUUCUCCUCUCUUUCACCUGUCUCCUCAUUUCCCUCCCCGGAUGUUACAGAUGACAGUGUCUUUUACAGCCCGAAGCUACAACGUCGCAGGGAAUCCUCCUCACCAUGUGAGCCAGGAGAAGGAAUCAGUCUGGGGGGUUCGAGAAGAAGUCGGGCAUCCACUGGUCCUGCAAGUGCAAGUCCUGGACGGGACGAGGAGUGGUUGGCAUCCUCCUAUGCAGACUUAAAGUACGGCAUUGAGCCUGGAAGGUCGUUUUCUGUGAGAUCAGUACUGUCCAGUCGACCCUCUGGGCCUGGUCGCAUCUCCACCGGAUCCAGGUUCUUGAGUGUGGGUAAUCUCUCUGAAUCUUCUUUGACUUAUGGCAGCACUGGCAAGGACUUGGAUGGUUGUUCGUUUACUCCUGAUUGGAGCUCAGAAUAUGAGUGCAGGCACAGUAAGGACUGUCAAAUGUCAUAUUUCCUUGGUGACCCUGGUAAAAUGAGAUCAAGAUCUCUUCCUCGAUCCCUCACCAGGCGCUUGGCAAAUUGGAGUUCCGCGGUCUCUACUUCUCCACCUGUAAAUACCACAGCUCCGAAACCAGCCCGGCUUUGGUGCCCUAACAUGAACACUUGUCACUUCGCAUGGGAUACAGAGGGUCCCCCGACCCCUCCUCCAACACCUCCUCUAUCGCCAGUGUCCAGACGAAUGUCCAAAUCUCCUACUGGUCCAAGCUCACCAGGCGCACCACAACAAAUGGACAGCCAGUCCUCCAGAGGGCAUUUGCCCUCAAGAGGUUACAUAUCCAGUCUUGGCACCUUUGAUGAGUCUUCAGACUGCAGCUCAGACACAACAACAGAUGAUGAAUAUUACUUAGGAACAGGCGAAGAUGAGGAGAAGGAGACUGAAUUGUGAAUGCAGAAUAAUGUUUUAAAUUCUGCCUUUUGUCAAAUCCCUGAUCCUGAACUUCAUUAUCUAGAAAAAGGACUAGAGAUAACAUCCACUAGAGAUAAGACAGGCUACAAUCUUUCUCUGUGAAGCGAUCUCUGCUUGUCUCCUGAUUUUGUUUAUUGUUACUUUCUCACUGUCAAGGUGACACAAGGUCAGUGGGGACAGUUGGUUGCCUGCAUGAUUUGCUUUUCAAAAGUGUUGUCUGCUGUUAAAAGACAUUCAGGGCCAUAAUUAAACGAACUAAAGUGCGCGGUCUAAUGUGCGUUUAGGGCCUUUUGGUAGUUAAUCGAGUGCAGUCUGAUUGCAUGGUGCAAAGGGAUUGUGUUCAGCCUCUUAACUAAUGAUGGGUGUGUUUUGGGUGUUACACAAAAUAAAGAAUCAGUGUCAUCUCUCACUCUCUGCAACAGCCAGGUGUGUCUGCACCUGGCAUAUUUAAACAGCUGCACUUGUCUUUCCUGAGGGACGGGUUUGUGGUCCUUGGACCCUGGGCCUCCCUGCACCGGUCAGACAUUAGCAGUGAUACUUGUACUGCGCUUUGCACCAGGUCUAAGAUAGGGACGUAAAAGAACAAGCAUGAGAAAAGUUUCAAGAUAUGUGAUUGUCUGUACAUUGUAGUGAAUAUGACUGCAGGUUUUCAAUCUGGGGACGUCGAACAUUGUUUAUCACAGGACAGUCGGCACUGAAGGCAUGUCCAUCUGUUGAACCGUUUUAAUGAUCAAACUGCUGUGUGAGGUGAGGAUUUUGACACAAAGCUUAUCUUUAGGUUUGCAUUUCAUCCUGCUCAGUGCCAACAUGAUGUUCACAAAUGUGGUAUUGUGUGAUAUUUUAUGUUUUCUUCUGUGUGUGAGGUUUGAAAUGAAUUGUGUCAAAUGCUGUAAGCAUAAAGCAGAGACAGUUUGUUUUCUUUGCCACAUUUUUCUUGACAGACAGUGUUGCUUUGAGGCAUGUAAUUUGUUUUUGUGAAUUUUGGGAUGAAAUAUAAUCAUACUGUAUGCUCUGAUUAACAUUUGUUAUCUAACAUUAUUAAUUGCUUCAUACAGCGCUUGCUCUUAUUUGCACAGUGACCAUCUAAAGUCUUUAUAUGUCUGUUUUUUAAAUAAAUGUUAUAAUUACAAAAAGAACUCUGUUUCUGUUUAACAGGUUGGGUACACGUCUGCUGCUGUUUGAUGUUAAAUGAUUUCUCAUUGUGUCAUUGCAUUGCUGUGUUACCCAUCGCAGUGUUUACAUGCCACAGAGGCAGAGGUAUGCUGAGUAUCGUCAUGACAGGCGGUAGAUUCGGUGCCUGAGGCUAAUUUCAUGUCUGCAGGGAGCUUUUCAAUCAUUGCAUUAAUCACUAUACUUUGCUGGACUCUAGAUAGUGUCUGCUAUAGGUGGGGCUGUUAAACAGUUUCACAGUACUCAGCUGGGUGUUGCCCUUCAUUCGUAGCUGUGACAACGCACAAACUGUUAUUGCGGUGGUUAGAUAAAACGUACAUUACACUGGAUGGAUGGUGUUGUUAAAUCAGCACUGCAUGUGUGUGUCUGCUGGCAGAUUGUGUCCUCUGGUUUGUCUUCUCUGUAUUAUUUUUGCCACAGAGAGUCUCACACUGGGACAGCACAAUGUGCUUCCUAUUGUUAGCCAUGACAUCAUCUUGGAAAGGCAUGGCUGCUUCACAUCAUAUGUCAGGAGCAGUAAUUCUGAAUCUGUUUUUCCAUCUUAUGUCAUCAUAACAAAACUGUAACUCUGGUUACACGUCUCCAGGAUCCUCGGACCAAACCCUGGUUCUCUGAGUGAAGACCCAAAGCUGAUAAAGGAGACCACCAGAGAGUGAAGUAUUGUAACAGAUACUUAUAUUUUCCUUCUAUAAAAUCCAUGUCAGUUCUCCACUGAAGGUGUAAUGAAUCCACCACUCUUUCGAGGGUCCUCCACUCUGCCUGUCAUGAUGUGAAGCUGUGGCUCUGCAGGCUCUGCAGUAAGGAAGCUACAAAGUACACAUGAUGACUGCAGUGUCAGCUUUCACCCAACAA